ACAUUCAUAAAGAAACAAACCUUAUUCAUCGAUUUUCAUUCUUUCACAAGUCACAAAAACCUCUUCAAUAUCAAAUCCAUGGCAUCAGGGGGAACAGAAGCUUUCCCAGAUUUGGGUAAACACUGUCAACAACAUGAUUGCAACCAGCUAGAUUUCCUUCCUUUCGCAUGCGACGGUUGCAAACUGGUGUUCUGUGUGGAACACAGAUCCUACAAGUCCCAUGCGUGCCCGAAAUCCGACCACAACAGCAGAAAAGUGGUUGUUUGCGAAACAUGUUCCAUGUCCAUUGAGACCACAGGCCAUGUGGGACAAGAUGAGGAGGCAAUCUUGAAGAGGCAUUACAACUCUGGAAACUGUGACCCCAACAAGAAGAAGAAACCCAUUUGCCCCGUUAAGCGCUGCAAGCAGAUUUUGACGUUUUCUAAUAACAGUACUUGUAAAACUUGCAAUGUUAAGGUGUGUCUCAAGCACCGUUUCCCUGCUGAUCAUGCUUGUAGGAAAGGAGUUUCACCCUCCUUCUCAUCUUCUGCUGUUACUGAUGGAAGGGGGAACAAUCGGUUCUUGGCUGCUGCUCUGGCUUCAAAGAAAGAACAAGACUGUGGCAAGAGUGCUGGUCCUCGUUCUACUACUACUAGUUCUCCUUCUGUUAAGGCUUGUUAAAUUGAUAAUUGCUUAGCGUGUGAAUUGUGUAAUUCUUGAGUUGUUAUUGAUGGCAAUGGAUGAUAAUUGCAAUUUGAAUGUUGAAAUUGAG